AUAAGGGCAAGCUGGUGAUCAAGAGAAGUCUGCAGUGGCUUCUGGACACGUACCUGAUUUUUGAGCCUUUAGGAAAUGCAUUUACCACGGAGAAGACGGCUACAACGGAACCGAAUCUUUUUCUUCCUUGCUAUAGUGUCACUCCUCUCUGUCUAUCAGCUCCAAUUCAACCCCUCUGCUGUUCCAGCACUUCUCACUGCACACCAACAUGAGGACCCUGUGAAAGUGACCUCCAGGGAGCCUUCCCGCAACAAGACUUCCAAAACAGGCAAUGUCACAGCAGCACCCAAAAUAAGGCACUGCGUGUAUAUUGAUCCUGAGCCAACUGUGCCCAUCACUGCACCAGAGGAUACAACACAGCGAGAAAAUGUCAAUGAAAGCUACCCAGGUGAAAAGCCGGUGUAUGAAUCCAAAGGAGAAUAUCCCGAGGACCUAUUCAGUGUGGAAGAACGGAGGCAAGGGUGGGUUGUACUUCACAUCUUUGGCAUGAUGUAUGUAUUUGUGGCCUUGGCCAUAGUGUGUGAUGAGUAUUUUGUCCCUGCUUUGGGAGUGAUCACAGAGAAGUUGCAGAUCUCUGAAGACGUGGCUGGAGCCACUUUCAUGGCAGCAGGUGGAUCCGCACCAGAACUCUUCACCUCCCUCAUAGGUGUCUUCAUCUCACACAGCAAUGUGGGCAUCGGUACCAUUGUGGGCUCAGCAGUGUUUAAUAUCCUCUUUGUCAUUGGCACCUGUGCCCUCUUCUCAAGGGAGAUACUACACCUGACAUGGUGGCCUUUAUUUAGAGACAUCUCAUUCUACAUUGUAGACUUACUGAUGCUCAUCCUGUUUUUCCUAGACAGUGUCAUUGAUUGGUGGGAAAGCCUCCUUUUACUGACUGCCUAUGCCACAUAUGUGUUCACUAUGAAACACAACGUGUCUCUAGAACAAUGGGUGAAGGAGGAGCUGAGCAAGAAGCUAAGUGCUGUGCAGGCAGCAUCAGCAGAGCAUUUGCGAAAGAAAAGCAGUGUGGCAGUUGCAGAGGAUGGAACAAAGCCAGCAGAUGGGAAGAGGCUGCAGCCGACAACAGUCUUACAACGAGGCAGCAGCUCAGCCUCCCUGCACAACUCUCAAAUGCGCAGCACCAUCUUCCAACUCAUGAUCCACACUCUGGACCCCCUAGCAGGAGCAAAAUUUAAAGACAGGCUUGAUAUCCUGAGCAAUAUAGCCAAGGUCAAGGCUGACUCUCCGACUGGGCAAGGAACAAAACCAGAAGCAGAAGAGGAGAAGCAGGCAUCACAAAAGACCGUCCAGGUAACUCCUGCCAGUGAUUCUGAACCAAGCAAAGACAAACAGAAGGAAAACACACCACAAGAUGGGCAGCCCCCUUCAGACAGUGAUAACUCAGAAGACAGCAGCUCUGACAGUGAGGAUGACAGUGAUGAUGACAGCACAGAUGAUGAAGAAAACGAUGAGCCAUUAUCUCUUGAAUGGCCAGAAACCAGGAAAAAACAAGCAAUUUACCUCUUCCUCUUUCCCAUCGUCUUCCCUCUGUGGAGCACUAUACCCGAUGUGAGAAACCCAGAUUCAAAAAAAUUCUUCGUCAUCACAUUUUUUGGCUCCAUCAUCUGGAUUGCGGUGUUCUCUUACCUCAUGGUGUGGUGGGCUCAUCAGGUUGGUGAAACAAUUGGGAUAUCAGAGGAAAUUAUGGGGUUAACCAUACUGGCAGCAGGAACAUCGAUCCCUGACCUUAUCACCAGCGUCAUUGUUGCACGGAAAGGCUUAGGUGACAUGGCUGUCUCCAGUUCUGUAGGCAGCAAUAUCUUCGAUAUCACUGUUGGUUUGCCAGUUCCUUGGUUUCUUUAUUCAGUCUUCAACGGAUUCAGUCCUGUUGCAGUCAGUAGUAACGGUUUGUUUUGUGCAAUUGUUCUGCUUUUUCUCAUGCUUCUAUUUGUUAUCAUCUCAAUUGCUUUAUGUAAAUGGAAGAUGAACAAAAUCCUAGGGCUCACUAUGUUUGCUCUCUACUUUGUGUUUUUGAUCAUCAGUGUGAUGUUAGAAGACAGGAUAAUAUCCUGCCCAGUAUCUGUGUGACAUCUGGGCGCUCCAAAGUAUGUGAAGGUGUACAUCUAAAAAUCAAAAGCAGUUCAAGGUAGCUGUUGUUCUGAUCAAAGCAAUCCGAGUUAUAUCCAACUUCCUGAGGUUAAAGUAUCUUUAACAUACUUUAAAAAAAUAAAAUAAUCUCAAGUGGUUUUGUCUGCUUCUACUGUUGCUGUUUUCCCUCAAGAAAAGAAAAAGACCAGGCAAUGAAGUGACCAGUACCAAAUACUGUGCCCCUUUAGGCAUUCCUGUAAUGGUACGAUACAGACACAUUAGGUGCUCAGCGUGGCUGACCUUAAGGUAAUGAAACUGAUCUUAAGCAUAGAAACUUUAUACACAUGUUAGUAAAUACUUUCAUGACCACACAGAUUUAUGCAAUUGACUGCUCAAACUCACUGAAACCAAUGAUCUUUACUUGGUGGGAACAGAAUCACACCCCCAUGGCUUGCCCUUGCAGAACUGUUCUGCUCCAAAGCUCUGUGUGGUCACAUCCUCCAUCUCAGAAAUGAAUUCCCCCAAACUGUAUAAAAGCAGUAAGUGCUCCAAAGCACAACAGCUCCUGAGGUUUGUGCUGUAGCUACUUUGUCAUUACUUCCUCCUGCAGAGGCCAUUUUCAUCCUUUCAGUCAAAGCCACUAUAAAGCUGUGAUAGAACAACUGAUACUUUACAUGUACAUCCAAGAAACUGAACACAAAACAUGUAAUGCACACC